CUGCACAGAAUCCCAUCCUCAGCAUCAGCAGCCAGCCGUCCUCCAUCCUUCUCGCUGUCCCUCUCUCUUUCUCUUUUUUCCCUCCUCCCUUUUUGCCUCACCUCCUCAUCCCACCUCCCUUGCUCUGUAUUUUUCCUCUUCUUGCUUCCCUUCCUCUGACGGACACACCAGGGCCUUGCUCGAGCACACUGCAGCAGAGGGACGUGUACAAACAGCAGCAGCAGCAGCAGCAGCAGCAGGCGGACUGGUAGGAUGCCUUGCUUCAGGCCGCUACGGUAGGCCCUAGCAGCAUGGGCGGAGACUGGGCGGGAAGAGAAAUUACAGAUUGGACCCUUCCCCUCAGAACGGGAGCGGUGACGGGUAACCCUCCUUCAGCUUCAGAUGGGCGAGGACGCCGAGAGCCCCAAAGUCAACCACACCUUCCUGCGAGACUACGUCACCGAAGCUGAUGUCAUCUCUACAGUGGAGUUCAACCAGACAGGGGACCUGCUGGCCACAGGCGAUAAAGGUGGCCGAGUGGUCAUCUUCCAAAGAGAGACAGAGUCUAAAGGUGAGUCUGAGGAGACAGGGGAGACAGGGGACUCCGGAGAGUACAAUGUCUACAGCACGUUCCAGAGCCACGAGCCGGACUUUGACUACCUGAAGAGUCUGGAGAUAGAGGAGAAAAUCAACAAGAUCAGAUGGCUGCCGCAGCAGAAUGCAGCACAUUUCCUGCUCUCCACCAACGAUAAGACCAUCAAACUGUGGAAGGUGAGUGAGAGAGACAAGAGACCAGAAGGAUACAACCUGAAAGAUGAGGAGGGACGACUUAAGGACAUUUCCACCAUCACUUCUCUGAAUGUGCCAGUGCUAAAACCAACAGAUUUGAUGGUGGAGGUUCGUCCCAGGCGGGUGUUUGCAAAUGGCCACACGUACCACAUCAAUUCCAUCUCCGUCAACAGCGAUGGGGAAACCUACCUGUCUGCUGAUGACCUUCGCAUUAAUAUGUGGCAUCUGGACAUCACAGACCGCAGCUUCAACAUUGUAGACAUCAAACCGGCCAACAUGGAGGACCUGACGGAGGUGAUAACAGCAGCAGAGUUUCACCCUCAGCACUGCCACCUGUUUGUGUACAGCAGCAGCAAGGGGACCCUGCGCCUCUGUGACAUGAGAGCCUCGGCCCUCUGCGACAGGCACACCAAACUUUUCGAGGAGCCUGAAGAUCCGGGGAGCCGUUCCUUUUUCUCAGAGAUUAUUUCCUCUGUGUCGGACGUUAAGUUCAGCCACAGUGGACGCUACCUGCUGACAAGAGAUUACCUCACCGCCAAGGUGUGGGACCUGAAUAUGGACAAAGGCCCGGUUGAAACCUACCAAGUCCAUGAGUACCUGAGGAGUAAGCUGUGUGCCCUUUAUGAGAAUGACUGUAUCUUUGACAAGUUUGAAUGUGUCUGGAACAGCUCAGACAGUGUGAUCAUGACGGGGGCAUACAACAGCUUCUUCCGGAUGUUCGACAGGGAGACGGGCCGCGGCGUGACCCUGGAGGCCUGGCGGGAAAGCAGCAAGCCUCGGGCCGUGCUGCGGACCCGGCGGGUGUACACGGGGGGCAAGCGGCGCCGUGGCGAUGUGGGUGUCGACAGCCUGGACUUCUCUAAGAAGAUCCUGCACAUGGCCUGGCACCCGUCCGAGAACAUCAUUGCCAUCGCGGCCACCAACAACCUGUACAUCUUCCAGGAUCGGGUCAACGCCGAGGGGCAGUGACCGGAGCGGGAACACAAACACGUGGUGCUUUUAUCAAAACCGUCACAAAAACACAAACUUGAAUAUAUUUGAAUGUUUUAAGCGAGGCUUGAGGAACAAGUCACACCUUAAAGAGAUUUGGCCUUUGGAAGAUGGAUUAGUUGAAUUUGAAAGACUAAUAAUUUAUCCGAUCACGAAGGAAGAAAAAUUUUUUUCACACUGAGAUGGACUGAUAUGUCCAGUGCCAUCAGGACUUGUAUUUGUUGCACUCCCACUUUUUGAAGAUGUUUGUGUAAUUCUUCUGUCACAGAGGCAGGGAACGAGGUGCAGGGACGCCUCUCCAUCUGCAGUGACUCAGAGCUGUUAAUCCCACCAUGUUGCACCACUCACUACUCAUUGCACACAAAGCAGGAAGUGCUCGGUACCAUUGGAGGCUACAGAUCAUAUGGCUCAUGAGACGUCUGGACAAACCGACCUCUCAUUUCCAUCAAGGCAUUUAUAAGGUGGAUUAGUGUCAGGUGUAAAUCUUCUCACAACAUCCAUUCACCCUUUCUGUCAAGUGACAGCAGCUGCUGAACCACUCUUUUAAGAGCAGUGCUCUUUGAGAACGCCCCGUAACCUUUGCCCUAUUCGCUUAGGAAAAGAAGCACCAACAACAACAGCGACACAGUGUUUAUGCUUUAAAACGUGAGAUUUUCUUCUACUCGUACCAGAAACAUCUACACACUUUUUACAGUAAGUUGUAAAUAUUCUGUGCUCCAUUUUUUUAAAAGAGUUUUCGGUUCCUUGAAACUAACAGGUUUUGUUGCGCCAGAUUACUUUUACAAAUGGGUUCUGUAAUUCACAAUUUAUUAGGUAUUUAUCUGUAGCAAUACACGGAAAGCUGUUGGAAGGGAGGGCAGAGUGAAUUGUAUAUACAGUAUAUAUCACAACACUUAGGUCCUGAUUCACUAAAACUACGUAGCGGCUAAGUUUAGCUCCAACUCUUGCAUCUUUUCAAUCUCAGCAUUGCAUUUUCAAAACAAGUAGCGCUAGUUCUACCACAGCGCAAACACAACCUUUUAUCAUCAUAAUUAUAUCUUUUUAUUUUCACUUAAUACAUUUUAAAAUAUAUAUUCACCCUCAAACUGGUAGUUGACCAUGUUAGAGGUGCAUUGAAGAUACAGUAGGUCUUAUUUGGAGAAUUAUUUACCUUGGGUUCUGCUUUUAAGCUUCUGGAUGGGAAACACUUUCUGUUGAAAUGUCCUGCAGUUAUAAAAUUCAAAUCAGAAUGUAAAACAGUAAUUACAGGGUUUUAUGCACAUAUUUGACCAUUUAUUUUUAACACAACAAUGUCUGACACAUUGCUGGAAAGGAAGAUGAACUACGCUAUACUUUUCCUCACAUACCUGCAAUCUUUCAGUAAAGGCAGCAGUGCAGCAGAUUGCUCCUCUUUUAUUUACCGAAUGGGUUUCAUCUAAAAAAAUGCACACAUUAAACCUCUGUUAACUGCUGCUCAGAGAGGCAAUAUUUAGUUGGCAGCACACUUUGAGGCACACAGCUCUCUUUGCAAGAGCUCUUCUGUAUUUAGACGUCUGCACCUGAGAAACUCCCGCAAAAGCUGCAAACAUCUUUAGUGAGUCAGAACCUAAAUGUUUUUUUUGUCAAAGCCUUUUCCUCUACAAACUCUGCGUAACUACACGUUGCAGAGAAGGCAGAGUGUUUUGAGUUCAAAUCUAGGCUGAUUGGUGUUAAAAUAAUGGAACUGCUAAUACAAUGAGUCUUGUUCAUUUUCUAAUAAGCACAUUUUGAUAAGGGAUCUCGCAAUUGCAAAAAAAAUAUAUAAACUUGCACAUUGUUUUUAAAACGAGACACCCUGAUUCAGCUUAUCAGAGAUGUAAUGUUUGUGUCUGUAGAGUGUUUGAGGGUCAGAGGUGAUUGUAAGUGCAAUAGCUCAUUAUGUAUACAUUGCUAAAAGAUCUGUUCCGUCCAGACAAUAAUAAUAAUGUGAAUUUAACAUUCUGUGUCACAUGCUGUAAUUGUCAUACCAUAUACCUCAUAACGCUACAUGCUAAUCAUGUACUACAGUAAGACAAUAACCGUGCUAGACUGAACUCUAAAUUCUGGGAUGCUUUGAUCUUAAAACAAUAGUUUCAAUCUUAAGAAACAAGUUUUGUGUAAGGGUCAUGAAUGUAGCUUUUGUCUUACCUGUUGUAAAUAAGUCUAUUUAAUUCUGACCACAUUGAUGAGCCAAUGAGGCCAAGACCAGAGUGAUGUCAUCUUAAAACAACUCAACUUCCAACAAUUUUGCAAAUGCUAUUCAUGUUUUAUAAACUUCAUUGUUUUAAUAACAUUAAAAACAACACUUCCUGCAGGAAAAUUAAUCUCUUUCUCUCCAAACUGAGGUCAGUCAAAAAGCUAUCUACAACAGGUAAGAUAUUGAUUGUUCUCAACUUUUUAAGAACAAUUAUGAAAAAAAAAAAAUUAACUAUUGCUUUAAGUGAUCAGGUGGUCUAAUUCAAUCGUUCCCAAAGUUGAAGUCAGGAUCCCACUGUGGGUUAUUAAAAAAACAAUUGUGGGUUCUCAAAUAAACUCUAGAAAUCAAAAUACAAAAUGAUUGUAUGCUCGAAUCUGUAUAAUUUGGGGUUGCCUCUGCCAAUGCUACUUUGUGGGUCAGAAGCUUAAAAGUUUGGAGGAAUCUCUGUGCACAUUUAUCAAACUUUGAAAUUUGAUGGAUCACUUUUAUUUUCUUAAUACAAACUUUUAAGACACUGAACUUCCAUCAAACAUUCCCCACUUGUCUGUUUUCUCCUCAGCCAGCUUUUUAUGUUGCAAUUGGCCAAUUGGUUUAACAUAAUCUGACCCAAAUGUAAAAAAACAAACAAACAUGUUCACAGAGUGACACCCCUACUUCAGCAUCAUGUGGCGCUCAGCCCUCCAGUGGUGAAUAUCAGCUGUAAAUGCAUCAUCCUCACCACCACCACCACCACACACAGCUGGUGGAGGAUCUGUGUUCAGGAUCACAGCAGCUGCAGCAGCAUGUUGUCAUUAUUCAAAGCUAACUGUGUGUAUAUCUAUCAUACUUUAAAAAAAGUCUAAAUGCAAUUCUAAAUGUAUAAAAACUUUACUCAAGUGAGAUGAAUGAAAGGAAUGUGCAUUAAUAAAAUAAUAUAAAAAUA